AUGUGUGAAUUAAAUGAUGAAACUAAGUUCGAAGAAUCUCAAACCGAUCACUUUGAUAAUUUAAAAACGAUAACGGAAAAAUUUCACGCUUUUAAAAAAGAAAAAAAAUUAAGAGAAGCUGAAAAAGAUAUAUUUUCACUUCGAGAAAAUAUUACCACAUUACAAUCAUUAGAAAAAAAUUUAACGAAUCAAUUACAUUCAUCUCAAGAAAGAUUGAUUUUAAUGCAGGGAAAUUUAGGAAAAAUGUUAUCACUUUAUGAAAAACAAUCCGUAAAUGAAAAUAUCAUAGAAAAAAUUGAAAAACAAAUAACAGAAAUAAAACAUGAAAUAGAAAAACUAAAAGGAAAAACCACACAAAUAUUUAGCACGACCACGAACGAAUUGAAUUUGUUAAAUGAAAAUUCAACGUUGAAAAAAAAUAUUGAAAAAAUGAAAAAUGAUUUACUCGACAUGAAUAACAUAAAAAAUAAAUUAGCCAAUGAGAAAAAUAAUUUGUUUAUCGAGUACGAAAAUAAAAUUAAAACGUUAAAUGAUGAACUGAAUAAAUCUAAAAAAAAAUGUGAUGAAAUACAAAAGAAAUGUAACGAAACAAUUGAGAAAUAUAAAAAAGACGUUGAAGAUAAAAAACAAAUAAUUAAACAAUACGAAAAACAACGACAAAAUGAAUUUAAAUUACCCGAUAUUGAAAAACAUAUAGAAUGUAAUAAUACCGUUAGUUCAACGUGGACAACUGAUAAUUCUCACAACAAUGGGUAA